AUUUAUAAAUAAUAAUGUGAUAAUAAUAUCGGCAAAAUAACAUUGAUAACCUCAAAACGAACAAAAUAAACGCAACAAGAUGUUGGUUAACAAUUUAAACAGGUAUUUUUUACAAAACCUGAUGUUUCUUUCGAAACGAUUACAAAGUACGCAAGUGUCUUCCAACCACUAUGACAUCAUAGUCGCCGGGGGUGGUAUGGUGGGCACCACCCUUGCUUGCACUCUAGGAAAAAACCCGAAAUUCGCCGACAAGAAAAUUCUGCUUCUUGAAAGUAGCAAAAAGUCCCAGUGGAGGCUCCCUGAAACCUAUAGCAACCGGGUGUCCGCUUUGAAUGCAGCCACGGUCGAUUUAUUGAAGGACAUAGACGCUUGGAAACACAUAUCAGGUGCCAGAUUUGGUCCAGUCAAGCGGAUGCAGGUGUGGGAUGCCUCUUCAGAAGCCGCUAUCACUUUUGAAAACGACGGUUUUGAAGAACCUGUAGCUUAUAUUGUCGAAAACGAUCUUUUAUUGGAUGCUGUGCGAAAUGAAUUACAAAAUGUGAACACUGUGGAGGUUGUGUAUCAGGCUAAAGUAGAAAGUUGUCGGCCUCCGAGGGAAGGCGAGGACGAGGUGAAUUUGGGUCUGGAGAAUGGGACGUCAUACACUUGUGAUUUGUUGCUAGGCUGUGAUGGUGCCAACUCAUUGGUGAGGAAGGAAAUGGAUUUUCAUCAUAUCGCGUGCAACUACAACCAAAUGGGAAUUGUAGCCACGCUUAAAUUACCAGAGGAUUCCCCGAACGUGGUGGCAUGGCAAAGACAUCUUCCCGAUGGCGGUUUUCUGGCGCUUCUACCGCUAACUCAAGGUUUCUCGUCGAUGGUGUGGUCCAUGAAUGCCAAAGAAGCUAAACGUGUGGCGAGCUUGUCCGAAGAUGCGUUCGUAGAUGCCAUUAAUGACGCUCUUUGGAAAGUUCAACCCAGAAGUGGUUUCGUGGAUCAGGCGACUCAGACUUUCGAUAAUUUAAUACGAUUUUUCAAUCUUCCGUCGACUUCGAUGACCCAGUGUCCUCCAAAGGUCUUGGGUUGUGAUAUUAAAAGCAGGGCGAUGUUUCCACUUGGCAUAGGGCAUGCUACGAAUUAUGUGUCUAAAGGGGUGGCUCUGGUUGGAGACGCGGCCCACAGAGUUCACCCUUUGGCAGGCCAAGGGGUUAAUCUCGGUUUCGGUGACGUCAUCUGCUUGAAUAAAGUCUUAGCAGAGGCGGUGUACGCCGGCAGCACCCUCGGCAACUUGCAAUAUUUAAAGAACUAUGAAACGGAACGGCAACGGUUCAACGUUCCCAUGAUCCUGGUCGUCCACGGUCUCGUCCAGCUGUACAGCACACAAUUCACCCCUGUGGUGAUUCUCAGAAGCUUGGGGUUGCAAGCGACAAAUGCUCUCACCCCUCUCAAGAAAUUCCUGAUGUCCCAAGCUGCUGGCCUGCGAUCUCAACAAGCCUAAUUUUGCGUUUUUGUAUAAUAACAAAGCUGUAAAUUUUGUAAAAACGAAUAUUAAAAAAAAUAACUCAAAUAUAUUUCAAAACAAAUACAAACUUUACAAAAAAUAAACAAUAUUGAGACUUA